AUGACUUUUAUGAAUAUUUUGAAAAAAAUUGGCUUUCCUUUUGUGAAAUGUGGCAAACAAAAUAUUGUAAAAACGUAUUUAAUUUUGAUACUGACACCAGCAAUCAUCGUGAACGAUUUAAAAGCUGAAGAAAUGAAUUUAAAUAUUAGUUUAAAAAAGAAGAUUUAUAAUGAUGAUGAUUCAAUAUUACUCAAGAAAUUCGAUUCACAACUGACCAACAAAGUCAAUGAAUUGUUACGUAAACAAAAUGAUGAAACAAAACUUAAAAAUUAUUUUAUUGAAGAAAUUGAAAAUAAUAAAUGGGGAGUCGGUCAAAAGGACGAAGAAAAUAAUCGUUUUAUUACUAAUAACAAGUACAAUAGUAUUAAACCAAUAUUAGAUAUAUUAGCAGCUCGUAUAAUUCAAUCUGGAACCAUUGAAUUUAAGGAACAUUUAGAUUUUCUUAAUUUGAAUGCCGAUUUAAUUACCUUAAACAAACAUAAAGAAUUCUACAAUUAUGCGAAUUCUUUAAAACACAAUUAUUCCAAACAUGUAGAUCUAGUUAUAGAACAAGAAAUAUUUGUAAAUUUAUCUGAUGAUGUACAGAAACAAGUAACAGCAAAACAGGCAAAUUUAGACAAUAUAGAAGAAAUUCAGGAGUCAAAUGUUAUCAAAUUUAACCAAGAACAAGAAGCUGAUAUGAUAUUAUUUCAAAAUGAAAAUGAAAAUGUAUCAAAAUUAGAAUUAGAAUCAGAACCAAAAGAAGAACAGGCAUAUUUAUUAUUAAAACAAAAAAAGAUUCUGAAUUAUUCACCAGUAAUUAAUCCUCGAGGGAGGCCACAUGGUAGAGCUUCAUUAGUGGCUUAUAAGCAAAAAGAUGACAAGAAUAAUCAAGAUAAAAGAAAUAAAAGAGCUUACAAACAAACUUCAUCAGAUUUAAAUAGUUAUCAAGUUAAACGGAACAAAAAAUUAGACUCAAUUCGCGAUGUUUAUAAUAAAACAACGUGGUUAACUGAUUUUCAUAUAUAUUUGUUUUUUGAAUUAUUACAUUAA